AUGUCGAAUAGAAAACGAAAUAUCGGCAGUGAUGGAGGAGUUAUGGCCCGCGAACCGAAGAGAGCGAAGGCAGACAGACAUCGUUCAGAGGAACUAGUUCCUGCUAGCGCACGCAACCCUACGGAAUAUACUGUUGGCUGGAUCUGCGCCAUACUAACCGAGUAUGUCGCUGCAAAAGCUUUUCUAGACGAAAACCGUGGAGAACCAGACUAUGUCCCCCCCAAUGACAACAACCAUUAUACAUUGGGCAGGGUUGGAAAACACAAUGUUGUAGUUGCGGUCUUGCCAGAUGGAGAAUAUGGUACAUCAUCCGCAGCAAGUGUUGCGACGGACAUGCUUCGUAGUUUUCCGAAUAUUAGAAUCGGCCUAAUGGUCGGCGUCGGCGGGGGUGCGCCUAGCUUAAAGCAUGAUAUUCGUUUAGGUGAUAUUGUGGUUAGCGUUGCUUCUGGAGACGGGAAGGCAGCUGUGCUUCAGUACGACUUUGGUAAAAAACUACAAGACCAGGAACUUCAGCCAACAAGGCACCUGGACAAUCCACCGACACUUCUGCGAACCGCAAUAACUGGGCUUAAGGCCCAAUAUGAGAUGGAAGGCCACCAAAUUGAACAGGCCAUCCAGGACGUUCUCGAGAAGAAUACAAAAUUGCAGCGGAAAUAUAAGCGGCCGGACCAAAGCAGCGAUAGAUUAUACCUACCCAAAAUAACCCACCACCCGGAGGACGAAUCAGACUGCGCAACCGUCUGUGGCGAUAAUCCUUCAGUAUUGGUACCACGGGACAAACGGGCUGACCACGAGGAGAACCCUGCAAUUCACUAUGGCCGGAUUGCUUCCGCAAACCAAUUAGUAAAAGACGCUACUUUCCGGGAUAGACUGGCGGCGAAAGAGGAUAUUCUCUGUUUUGAAAUGGAAGCGGCAGGAUUAAUGAACCAUUUUCCUUGUUUGAUUAUUCGCGGUGUAUGCGACUACUCAGAUUCCCACAAGAAUAAGGAAUGGCAAGGAUACGCGGCAAUGGCAGCGGCUGCAUACGCCAGGGACCUUCUCUACAAAAUUGCUCCUAAUAAGGUGGAGGUUGAGAAGAAGAUUCUUGAUAUUCUCCCUGCGGUUGAGGGAAGAGUAAACGAAAUCUAUACCAAUGUCCAAGGUGUGGGGGAUAAUGUCAAGCAUCUCAGAUCCCAGCAAAGGCAAAUAGAGCUAUACCGUUGGCUAUCGCCCCCAGAUCCUUCAGUAAACUACGACAAAGCUCUCCAGCAACGUCACAAAGCCACAGGCGGUUGGUUUCUAGGGGGUGACACUUUCAAGGAAUGGAAAACGCGACAAAGCUCCUUUCUGUGGCUUUACGGCAUCGCUGGCUGUGGUAAGACUAUUCUUAGCUCAGCUAUUAUCGAGGAUCUCUCGCCCUAUCGGCCUCUCUACUUUUUCUUCGACUUUAUUGAUGGAGACAAACAAACAUUUGAGAAAAUGAUUCGUACCCUUAUUGAUCAGCUCUGCAAUCGACAGGGGGAUUUUUCGCAACUAGACCGCCUUUAUUCCUCGUGCAAUGACGGACGCCAGCAACCAACCUGUCAGUCACUUUGCGAGACUUUCGUGCGCAUGGUGGGGUCGGUUGGGGAAAUUUGGCUCGUUUUAGAUGCGCUUGACGAAUGUAGCAAGGAAGAAAGGAAGAAAUUAUUAUCGUGGAUAGAAGGGCUUCUAAUGAACUCGGAGCAUGGGAACGUCCACCUUCUUGCGACAAGUCGGCAAGAAAGGGAUAUUGAAUCUGAAGUACUGAAGUUUACCCAUACCGACUAUAUGGUGCCCAUCCAGAGCGGUCUAGUUACCGAUGAUUUACGUGCAUACGUUCACUCGAGAGUCAGAGAGGGUGACGGCCUUAAGCGGUGGCGAUCGCGCCCGGAAAUUCAAAAUGAGAUUGAGACCGUACUUGGGGGAAAUGCAAAUGGGAUAUGGGCCGCAUGCCAGCUCGACGUUCUGGAAAACUGCCUCGACUAUUUUCAGGUCUGCAAAGCUCUCAACUCCCUCCCGAAAACUUUGGACGAAACCUACGAAAGAAUCUUGCGAAAAAUCCCUGAGGAACACGAGCAGCCUGCUAUCAGAAUACUUCAAUUUUUGACAUACUCUGAGAGGCCAUUAAGGAUCGAGGAGGCCGUUGACAUGAUCGCGGUAGAUAUCGAUACGGAAGGGGACUCAUACUUUGAUCCAAAAUACAGAAUGCCCGACCAUAGCGAGAUUUUGUGUUACUGUUCUAGUUUGGUGGUUGCGGUCACCAAAAAGGGAAAUUCGAACGACACGAAUAACAAAACUACAGAUCUCCAGUUGGCGCAUUUUUCAGUCAAGGAAUAUCUAACAUCAGACCGUGCUAUAGAUUAUAUAGCGCAGCACUUUCGGGAAGUCCAAGCUAAAGCAUCAAUGGCAAAAGUUUGUCUUGCGUAUUUGCUGCAUUUAGAUGUCGACCUCCCGACCAAGCCACUCACGGAGACCUUUCCUUUCGUACUGUAUUGUGCGAGGUAUUGGAUAAGAUUCGCCGCCGUAGCCGAAAACGAGAACCAAACAUUGCGAGAUUUCAUAAAAAGAUUUUUCGACACCAAAAGAUGCCUAUAUAGAAACUGCUACAAUCUUUAUAGCCCAGAUGGGCAUUGGAAAAGCGGAGAAUGGACGAGAGAGAAAAGAGUUUCGGCGUUAUACUACGCAUCAUUUGGAGGCCUGACAAAUACGGUGAACUACUUACUAAGUCAAGGCGCCGACGUUAACGCCCGAGAUGGAAAAUACGGUAAUGCGCUCCAGGGGGCGUCGUCCGAAGGCCAUGAAAAAACUGUCGAGCUGCUGCUGGGCGAAGGCGCAGACGUCAACGCCCAAGGCGGAGAAUAUGGUAAUGCGCUCCAGGCGGCAUCGUCCAGAGGCCAUGAAAAAACUGUCGAGCUACUGCUGGGUAAAGGCGCUGAAGUCAACGCCCAAGGUGGAUCCUACGGUAAUGCGCUCCAGGCGGCAUCGUUCGGAGGCCAUGAAAAAACUGUCAAGCUACUGCUGGGUAAAGGCGCUGAAGUCAACGCCCAAGGUGGAUUCUACGGCAAUGCGCUCCAGGCGGCAUCGUCCAGAGGCCAUGACAAAACUGUCGAGCUGCUGCUGCGCGAAGGCGCCGACGUCAACGCCCAAGGCGGAGAAUAUGGUAAUGCGCUCCAGGCGGCGUCGUCCAGAGGCCAUGACAAAACUGUCGAGCUGCUGCUGCGCGAAGGCGCCGACGUCAACGCUCAAGGUAGAAUCUCUCUUAAUUGGAUUGACAAGUAG